AUGAUUAUUAUUUUAACCUGUUUAGCACUAAUUUUUAUAUGUGCUAAGGUUAAAAAAAAGUCUAACAAAAUUGAGGUUGUUGAAGAACCAAAAAUUGGCAAUGGUACCUAUGAGGUUUCGCCAACGUGGUGGGAAACAAAAAAUUCUGCACAAGGAAGAGUUGCACUGAACAGCGAUUUUACAACUCAACGUGCUCCAUUAACACUAUGCCAAAGUGUAAACACCAGUCCUACGGGAUCGGUUGUAUCGUCAUCAGUUAGAUCAGAAUCAUCGUCAAAUGGAAGAACCAGAAGUACAGCACAGUUCAGUGACCAAUCUCGGACAUUUUCUGAGCAACCACAAUCGCCAAAACAGACUCCACAAAGUUAUUCAGAAUGGCGAAACAGAAUUAUGAAAAAUCGACGAGACGAUUUAGACCGAACGUCAUCAAUUCGCGAUAAUGUUGGUGAUAUGAUUGGUGGUCAGUUAGCUGAGGUUCGAUCAAUAACCGAAAUUUAUCGGUCGGCUGAAAUGAGAACUGCUAUUGGCGAUGAUAUCAGAAAAUCUGUUGACGACGAACGCUUAAACGAUUCGUAUGCAAAAACAUCGUGCAACUAUCAAAACGUAAACAGAUUAGCCAGGUGUGUGGAAAAGAUACGCGGUUUUGGUCCACGUAAACUGACUGAACAAGAACUAGGGCGAUGGAGGCAAUUGAUAACCAAAGAUGUACAUUUGCAGAAUGCAAUUGUUGCAGCAAAAACUUAUCAACAACUUGAAGCUGUUGUCAACGAACAACAGUACAGAAAUUUAUUUACUAAAGAAAAAUGGGCAAACAUUUUACGGUGUAUUGCAGAAUCAGAAUUGGAUUCUGGUGGACUGAUAUGUGGCCGAAAUACGUUGACAACAUCUGAUAAUCAACAAAUCAACUACUGUGAGAGUGAAAAUAUUGCUGGUCUUGAGCUGUUGCUGAGCACCGGAGGGACUGGGAAACUUUAUGAGGUGAUAGGAUAG